UUAUUUUUAUGCUUGCGGUCGAUUGAUUGAUCAAUUCACUAUGGGCCACAUCUCGAGUCACAAAGAGAUGCUCCUUGUUUUUGCUGUCGUCUUGCUGUCUCUCUCUUGUGUACACGGGCAGGAUUGUGAAACACAAGUCUCCUGUGACACUUGCAUUAAAUUCUCACCAGAUUGCGUCUGGUGUAGUGACGAGGUGGUUAAUGUUUCUGUUAGAUGUUAUAACAAGAGGAGCCCCUUCCUUUACCAAUGUAACAACACUGAAGAUCCGCAAUCAGAGAAAACAGGAGAAGAGACCAGCACUCUUAGCGGCCAAAAUUUGGUCACCCCUGAUGUUGUUAAUAUUGCUCUAAGGCCAGGUGUACCUGUUAGCUUUAAUGUGACAGUUCAGACUGCACUUAACUUCCCACUGGAUCUGUAUCUACUAAUUGAUAUAUCGAGAUCACUGAGUUCUGAUAUUGAAACGCUCAAGAGACUUAGCUUGAAUCUUACUGAAUCCCUGAGCAACAUUUCCACCAAUUACAAGAUUGGCUUUGGCACUUUUGUUGACAAGCCGAUUUAUCCUUACUCGUCAUUUGUUCCUCCUUCUAGUGGUACUCUUGCACCUCCUUAUAGCUAUCAUCAUAUUCUUAACCUUACCAACAACGAAACUGAAUUUGCUCAAUUGUUAGAUGAUAAUACUGAACUCAGCUAUGGUGCUGAUCAAGCUGAAGCUACUUUUGACUCGUUGCUGCAGGCUGUCGUCUGCCAAGAUAUUAUUGGUUGGACAGAUAGAGCUACAAAAGUUAUUGUAUUAUUAACUGAUGCUGUUUCACACACUGCAGGAGAUGGAAGGCUAGCAGGAAUCAUACAACCUAAUGAUGGACAGUGUCACUUAUCAGCAACUCAAGAUGGUUUCUUUGAAUAUGACAAAUGGGACGUUGCUGAUUAUGCUUCUUUGGGGCAAUUAGAGGAGAAACUAAGAGAACAAGAUAUUAGUGUCAUUUUUGCUGUCAGGAGUGACGUUUUACUAUAUUUUAAUGAAUCAUCCGAAAUUUCAAACAGAAUGUUUGUAAAUGAAUUAGAGGGUAACUCGGAGAACAUCAUCAGUAUCAUUAGACGGCAAUAUGAAGAAUUGCUUCGUACUAUAUUGUUAGAGUCUGAUGCUGAUAAUAGAUUAAAAGUGGAAAUUGAGCCGAUAUUUGGAUGCGACACCGUAGGAGAUCAGAACGAGUGUACUGGAGUCCAACUGGAACAGACUGUCAUAUUCAGUGUGACUGUAACUGCAGUUGAUUGUCCUGAUGAAAACACAAAAUUUCAGAUCACAGUAAGAGGGUUUGAUACCAUCGCUAUAAACAUUGAGCCACUAUGUAACUGCGAUUGUGAGAAGAAUGCUAUAAUGAAUAGUCGAGAGUGUCGAAACGGCGAAGGGGAUAAAGUUUGUGGCAUCUGUGUGUGUGGUAAUCAGCAGUUCACUCCAAGCAGUGUUUGCCAGGCACCAAUCACUAAGACAUGCUUAAAUGAUGGAAUAUGUACUUCUUGUGGAGAGUGUAUAUGUAAAAGAGAAAUUGGAAAUGUCAAUAAUUAUUUCUUUGGAGAUGCAUGCGAAUGCAGUACAUUUGACACAAGAUGCAGUGACAGCUCAGGUGAGAUAUGUAACGGCAAUGGAAUCUGCUGUAAUGGAGCCUGUGUUUGCACAAUGGACCCUACCACCCGACAAACACUGUUCACUGGUCCGUCCUGUGACUGUACUACUGACAACAGCACCUGCUUGAACAGGAGGAAUGAGCUGUGUUCUGGUAAUGGAAUGUGUGAAUGUGGAAAUUGUAUCUGUACAAGUGAUUAUAUUGGUAAUCUCUGUGAGUCUUGUAUUGGAGAAUCGUGUCAACCUUGUAAUUUGUACACCAAUUGUAUUAGGUGUCACGUACAAGAAUUAGAAGCAACUUCAAGUGAAUGUAGGAAUUGUUCUCGGGUUAACAUUGUAACAGAGGAUGAUAACAGUUUUACUAAUGCAACUGAAUGCCAAUUUUCUGAUGGUCUAUGCACGUAUGAUUAUUACAUUAUGCAGAAUGAGACCUCCGGCAAUUACCGUGUCUAUCUCAACACUAAUGCAGUUUGUGUUGUUCCAACUUCAGCUGCAUUCUCUUUCAACACCUGGUGGCUGAUAUUGCUAGCCAUUUUGAUCCCUGUCAUCAUCAUCGUAAUAGGCAUAAUAUUACUAGUGAUAAUCAAGAUAUGCCUUAUAAUGAAGGAUAAGAGAGAAUUAAAGAAGUUUCAGUCAGAAGUAAACGAUGCAGCAUGGGCUGAUACGGCUAAUCCACUGUAUGUGACACCUAUCACAGAUUAUCAAAAUGUUGCAUACAAGAAAAAGAAAUGAGGAGCUCCAGGAAAGUCUUUUAAUGUUAAUAGGUCUCUUGCCUGGAACUAUUUGUCUUUGUGACCUGUUUUAACAAUUUACAAUUUUCAUUUCCUUUUUAUCAAAACUUUAUCAAACUUUUA